UAUAAAGUACAAGUAAAGCCCUUUUUAUGUGGUAUAUAAUUGUUCGUACUCGUAAGCCACAAGUGUUAAUUUCAUUGAAUAUCAAAAAUGGCCGAAACGUAUACUGUAAAUGUUGAUCUGGCAAUUGAAACGAAAAGAUGGUACCAAUUUGUGAAUGUUAUUCAUUGAUCAGACCUAGCUUAUCAGCAUUUUGCUUUGAAUGUUUUUUUUUUUAACUACUCUGCCGUAUGUGACCUAUAUUAAGGUGUCGCAAUGCCUACGUUUAUAUCAACAAUCGGAGUCUUAGGAAUAAUUCUUGCAAUUGUCGUCAUCCUAGUCAUAUUAAUAAUAUUUACAAGAUGGUUCUCGGGACAUCUUCAUGAAUGUAUUAUUCAACGUAGAACUAAGAGAGAACAAAGAUUGCAAUCAUUCAGAAACCGACCUGUGAAUUUCGAACUUGAGUUAGGUCCAUUUUUUGUAUCAGAUUUAAAUCAGUGUUCAUGUUCACCAAUAGCACAUUUAGAACACGAUAAUUUUGCGCUUGAUCCCGUGCUCUAUUUAUCACCGCCAUCUUAUGCAGACCGUAACGCCGAUGGUAUUAUAGACCCGCCAGUAUUGACUGACGAAAUUAUUCUUCGACCGGAUCCUGAAACAAUGGUAGUUGGUCACGAGGACUUUCAAUCGCUUAACAAUCAAGCGUCGUUAUCACAGAUGGCAACGCGGGACAGGACUCGGGACAUAGUGGAACCUCCUACUUCACCAGGCGAUCCUUAUUUUAAUGACGAUCAAAUUCGAGAGGAGUUAGUUGUAGGACCUGGACCACCACCCCCCUACACCCCUCCCGGUGUACCAGCGCCUCCUCAUGAGACCCAUACUACGACAGCUAUACCACCUAGUUAUGAACAAUCACUUGAUCACACAGUUUUAUGUUAAGAAACGAAUGACACAGAUAACCCAUAUCCGCAACUACAGUUCGCCCUCCAAUUGAAAACACCCUUGGGACCUGAAAAUUUGGGGUGGUCUCGGGAUUGCUCUCCAAUUAGAGGGCUAGCUUUGUGUUAAAAAGGUUGAAGAUUGUUAUUUAGGUCUUUGGAAAAGUGGUCUCGCAUUAGAGGGUCCCGGAAUUAGAGGGGCCUAGAAUUGGAGGGUGCACUGUAUUUCAAAAUUUUAAUCUGCUGUUGUCUUGGCAACCUCAGCAAAAUAAUGAUAAAGAAAAUGUUAAUGCUAUACAUAAUUAAAUAUUUAGUUCCAUUGAUUCAAAUCUAGUAGAGUAUGGCUUUUGUCUAGAGUCAAAUUUGCAAUGUAAAAGCAUAAUUGGCUAAUAUCUAACCAUUGGGAAAGCUUAUUGACUAUCAAUCAUUGUAUCAAUCAUUGUAAUUUUAUGUUGUUAUAUAAACACGAGAGUAUGUGUAAAAAUUGCAGGUUCGAUACCAUGCGUGUAUAAAUAACAAUUGUGUAUAUCAAUGGAGAAUGUAUUUUUAUAUUAUAUCUAAUUAGGCCUAUAUUAUGUAUAUAUAUAUAUAUAUAUAUAUAUAUAUAUAAUAUAAAUCAUCAAAGGUACAUAUACAG